AUGAGCCGCCGCGCUGCGCUGGACGCACCGCGUAUGCGCCGAUCCAGGUCGGACACGUACCGGAGCUCCGCCGUGGCAGACGAGCCGCCGUCGGACGAGCGCAGGCGCCGCCGACUCCGUCUGCCGCGUCUGUCCUCCCCGCUCCGGCGACGAAACACGCCCACCGGUCUGGCGAGCGCGCGACGCGUGCGGUCGGACCGAUCGACUGACGCGCCUGACGAAAGCUGGUCUUCGUCCCUGGGCGUCGCGGAUGCGUCGUGGCAUGCAUCGACGCCAUCUGAGCCCAUCUCGCAGCGCCGCGUCGUACGUGCGCCCUCCAGUCCGGCGUCCUAUACCAUGAUGGGCUCCUCGCCGCCCGCGUCGCCGCCUUCCGCGUCGCCGCCUGCCUCGCCUUCCGCGUCGCCUCACGCUUCGCGUCGCGCGUUCGGUCGCCGCCGCGUCGCGCGCCAGGCCCAGGAGCCCGUGUCGGCUGGCGAGGCGGUGCGCGUCCCCGCCACGCCCACGAUGCACGACGAGCGCGCGUCCUCUCCGACGCUGGGCCGCACACCGCCUCGCCAGCCGACACCGCCGGCGCAGCUCACGGUCCCUGAGCCAGAUCGAGGCAUGUCGUCGUCGUCGAGCGUCCAGACGGAGCUCUCUCACACGGCUGCGUCCCAGGAGGAAGAAGACGUGUUUGACGACGCGGUCAGCAUGAUCCAAAGCGUGCGCGCCUCAUGGGCGCCUCAAGUCGACGAGCGCGAGCGUGCAUCGGCGGAGCAUCGGCACCGCGAGAGGCUCGUCGCCUACCAAAAGCGCCAGUCGAUGCGCAUCGAGGCGGAGCGCGAGCUGCUUGAGCGCCACUUGCGCCUCGGUCAUGAAGAUGCGCGGCGCGAGGCCGCGCGCAAGGCCGAGCUCCUCGCGGCGGAAAUGGCGCGCGAGCAGCAGGAGCUGAUGCGCCUCUUGGAGCACGAAGUGCAGCGAGCGCAGCAGCGGCGCGCCGAGCAGCAGGCCCGCGAGGCGCAAGCGACUCGCGAUGCCCAGGCGCAAGCGGAAGCCGAGGAGCGCCGGCGUCACGACGAAGCGCGGCGCCGCGACGAGGACGAGCGCCAACGCCGCGAAGCGCGCGAUCGGCGCGCCCAGCAGGAGCAUGCGCGCAUCGAAGAGCAGCUGCGUCGUCAGCGCCAAGAAGCCGCGCGCCGUGCCGACGAAGCCGCGCGGCAAGAGCGACGGGCGCGCGAGGAAGCUGCGCGGCGCGCUCGUGAAGAGCAAGAGGCGCUGCGUGCGUCGAUGCGCCACAAGUCGAUGGACGAGAUUCUCCAAGCGCGUGUCACAGCCUAUGAAGCCCGCCUCGGCACGCAUCCGACGCGAUCGCCUAUCGAGGAGCGCGCCCGCCAACGCGCCCAGCGCGAGGCGGACGACGAAGAUCGCGCGGCGCGUGUGCACGCGCGUCGGCACGAGGCACGACGGCAGGAUGAUGAUGAUGACGACGCAUCCGUAGCCGAGACGGAGCGCUCCGCCGUAUCGCGCGCCUCGGACGCGUCGCAGCUGACGGCCGUCAUGAGCCAGCUGCACAUUGUCUCGCGGCAGCAGCCGCCGGCCGUCAAGGGCAUCCUCUCGCGGCACAGCGCAGCGCUCACAGCCCAGCCGGCACUGCGCUUCCACGAGACGCGCGCGCCGUCGUCCGAGCUGCGCGGCGUGCCGCAUCCCGAUCUCGCGUGGCUCACGUACCUGAUCCAGCACCGCCUGCCGCAGCCGCUGGAGCAUGCACCGGCGCGAACGCCGCGCCAGGCGCUCGGCGCCUGGAUCCGCCAGUCGAUGGCGUCCGUCGCGACGUUCGAGACCGCCGAGCCGUCCGCCGGCUUCGCGGCCCUCGGCACCGCGCGUGCGGAUGCGCCGCAGGCCGUGGCGUCGUUCCUCGCGCUGUGGGAGCACGCGCCAGUCGUGCACCGCAUCCUGGCGUCGCUCGACCUGCGCGACGUGCGCGUACUGUACGACGUGGCCAGGCCACUCCGCUACAUGAUCGCGCGGCCCGAUGUGCACGAGCGUCUCCUGUGCCGCUUCCUCGGGCCCGCCGGCUACGUUCCGUGGCCCGACUUGGACGACCCGCUCCCGCUCACGCUGCUCGACUGCGAGGCGUUCCACAUGUACAUGUACACGGAGAUGGAGCUGCCCGUCGCGAGUCACGCGUACCUGACCGACAUGCACCGCCUCGACCGGCGCAUCCCGCGCCUGGCGCGCAGCACCGCACGCGCGUACAGCCGCGUGCUGGCGCGCAUCCGCCUGCAGCCGCAGGGCGUGCCGGACGUGCCGGCGUCGUGGACGAUCCGCGGCCCGGAUGGCACGCCGCACGACGUCGGCAUGUCGAGUCCGUUUGUGCCCGGCUACGUGUCGACGUUCCGUGCGUGGGUGCCGUGCACGGAUGAUGAUGGCGACGACGACGACGCGUGGGGCGCCGAGAUCCGGCGCAUGGAGCGCGAGCUGUUCCUCGCCGGCAUGUGGCGCUUCCUGCAGCGCGGCGACGUCGUCGUGAAUGCGACGAACGCACAUCGAUUCCUCUUCCAUGGCGACGCAUUCGCGCCGCUCGACACGCGAUUCGACGCCGCAGGCCACCUGCCGCCGUUCAUCAACGCGCUCCUCUUCCCGACGACGUACUACGACUGGAUCCUGCCGCCGACCGACACACCCACGCUGUUCCUCGACGUGCUCCCGUGGCGCGCCGACAUCAUCUCGUCCCUGCACCUCACCCGCGAUCACGUCGAGGUCGUGCGGCCGCACGGCCCCGUGUACCGCGUCGCCAAGUGGCUGUACCGCGCCGCCUUCACGAUCAACGUGCCGCCCGAGUCGAUCGCCGCCUCCGGCUUCAUCGAGAGCGCUCACGACGCCCAUGCCAGCUGGAACGGCCGCAUCGUCCUCGAGACCGAGGGCACCACCGAGCAUGUGUGCGAGCUUUUGCGGCGCCUCGUGUCGCCCGCCGACGCGCCCGACCUGCUCGCGCUCCUGCUCGACUCGGUCGUGCAGGGCACGAACCACGCCGUCGGCUUGCCGCCCCCGCCGCCCGCCGACACCCUGCCGACAUACCCAUGGCGCCUCGAUCGGCGCCGCAGCCAGCCCGGCUGCCACUGGAUCACGCCCGUAGCUUGA